AUGUCGGGAAGAGGGAAAGUGAAAUCACAGCCGAUGAAAGUUGUCUUCAUAAACACACAGUACGUCGAGACAGAUGCUCGUAGCUUCAAGACUGUUGUUCAAGAACUCACCGGUAAGGAUGCCAUCGUCGCCGCCGGUCCUUUCGACUCUCCCUCUGCUUCCGACGGCCGUUGUUAUGGUGGAGGUAAUAAAACAGGGGAAGAUACGAGGCGGCUCUACGGCGGUGGAGGAGGAGGAGUGGGGGCUAUGACCGGUACAGAGUUUGAUAGAUUUUUCAAGGAGAUGCCUCCCAUGGAAGAAUUGUAUAAACUAUGAGUUAAAGUUCUGAUCGUGUCUCUUAUCGUUUACCCCAAAACCCAUCUUGAUCUCAUUUCUUGUUUUCUUCUGCUCCUUGUUCCUCGAACUCCUCAGGUUUAA